CGUGUCUGUGUCUCCCUGACAGGGCCGGGCCCGCCGCCUCCUCCGCCUCCUCCGCCUCCUCCUCCGCCAUGGCGGGCGCCGAGCUGCCCAUCCGCCGGCACCGCCGCGCCCUGGUGGAGGCCGUGAGGGAGCGGCCCUUCCUCAUCGUCACCGGCGAGACGGGCAGCGGCAAAAGCACUCAGCUGCCCAAGUACCUCUUGGAGGCAGGCCUGGCCAAGCAGGGGGCCAUUGGUGUCACCCAGCCCCGGCGCGUUGCCACCAUCUCGGUGGCCCAGCGGGUGGCCGAGGAGAUGGGCUGUUCGCUGGGGAGCCUCGUGGGGUACCAGGUCCGCUUCGAUGACUGCACCAGCGAGGAUACUGCCAUCAAGUAUAUGACCGAUGGCUGCUUACUGAGGCAAAUAUUGGCAGACCCUCUUCUCAGCAAGUACAGCAUCAUCAUUUUGGAUGAAGCCCAUGAGCGGAGCCUGAGCACUGAUAUUUUAUUUGGUUUGCUGAAGAAGCUAUUUCUACAGAAGAAACCACUGGACAGGAAGACAGACAUGAAAGUGGUGGUGAUGUCAGCCACCCUGGAGGUAGACAAGCUCUCGGAGUUCUUUGGGCACUGCUCGGUGCUGCAUAUUCCAGGAAGAAGUUAUCCUGUCAAGGAGAUAUUCUGCAACCUGCUCAGCCCGAGGGACGUAGGCAGCUCUGCGUAUGUUACAGAGGCUGUAAAAGUGACAUUGGAUAUCCACUUAAAUGAACCAGAAGGUGACAUCUUGGUUUUCCUGACAGGUCAAAUUGAGAUAGAAAGAGCUUGUGAUUUACUUUUCAAGAAAGCAGAAUCUAUUGAUUACCGAUAUGAAGUACAUGAUCGGUCUGUUGAAGGCCUGCUUAUCUUACCAUUGUAUGGGUCAAUGUCAACAGAUCAACAGAAAAGCAUAUUUUUACCAGCUCCCACGGGCAUUAGAAAGUGUGUGGUAUCCACAAACAUUGCUGCAACGUCUCUGACGAUUGAAGGAGUCAGAUACGUAGUGGACAGUGGCUUUGUGAAGCAGUUGAAUCACAACCCCCGAGUUGGCUUGGACAUCCUGGAGGUGGUUCCCAUUUCAAAGAGUGAAGCAAGGCAACGAGCUGGCCGAGCUGGCAGGACAUCAUCGGGGAAAAGCUAUCGGCUAUACAGCAAAGAAUUCUGGGAGCAGUGCAUGCCUGAUCACACAGUCCCAGAGAUCAAGAGAACCAGCCUGACAUCUGUCAUCCUGACCUUGAAGUGCCUUUCCGUGCACGAUGUCAUAAGAUUUCCCUAUUUGGACCGCCCUGAAGAAAGGCAUAUUUUAGAAGCUCUCAAGGAACUUUACCAGUGUGGUGCUAUUGACAGGAGAGGCCACGUGACAAGACUGGGUGAAUUCCUGGUACAAUUUCCCCUCCCUCCCAACCUGUCCUGUGCUGUCAUAAAAGCUGCUUCCCUUGACUGUGAAGAUCUGCUGCUUCCCAUUGCAGCCAUGUUGUCUGUGGAAAACGUCUUCAUUCGUCCAGGUGAUCCUCAGAAGCAAAAGGAGGCAGAACUUAAACACCAGGAACUUUCCUCGCAAGUGGGAGGAUGCAAUGACUUUGCAACCCUCUUAAAUAUUUUUGAACAGUGCAAAGCAAGCAAGUCUCCUUCAGCUUGGUGCCAGAAACACUGGAUCCACUGGAGAGCUUUAAAAUCUGCUUUUAGUGUGGAAAAACAGCUUCGGGAAAUAAUCAGUAAACUGAAACAGCUGCCAGACUUCCCUAAGGAGACAUUUGAAGGCUCCAGAACUGAAAUACUAAGAAGAUGUCUAUGUGCAGGGUACUUUAUCAAUGUAGCCAGGAGAUCUGCAGCCAGGACAUUCUGCACAAUGGAUGGACACGGCAGCAUAGUCUAUAUCCACCCUUCGUCUACACUGUAUAACCAGGAGACUCUCCUCGAGUGGAUCAUAUUCCAUGAUGUCACAGUGACAUCCAAAAUCUACGUCCGGACGGUGUGUCCCGUUCGCUAUGAAUGGGUCAAAGACCUGCUGCCCAGGUUGCAUCAAAUCGAUGCUUAUGAGCUGAGCAGCGUGGCACGGGAAGAAGUAACUGAAGAGGAAAUAACCAAGUGGAAACACAAGGAGGAACUUAAAAGGCAAUAUGAAGGAGCCACAGACAGCUCUGCAAAGAAGAUGGAGAGAAGGAAUGAUGACAAAUCGAUAAUGGAUGCCCGAGCUCGCUAUCUUGAGAGAAAGCAGCAAAGAGCACAGGGUUUAAGUGAAGCAUUGAAAGAAAUGGGGUAAUACUCACUCUGCUCUACUCCCAGUAUGAGGAAAGGCAGUUUGGUGCAGUUCUGGGUACGUUUGCAUAAUGCAAAAUGACUAACUGGAAAGAAGGAAAACUUCUGCUUUGUGGUAAGUGUGAGUGCUGAGGAGUUACAAGUGCAAUCUGCCUUUGCUGCAUCCAGCAAGGAAAAGUUACCAAACUGAAUUUUGCUGCUACAUGUCACUGGCAGCAAUUUAGCCUCAAAUGUGGAUGAAGACAUGACACUCACUGUGGUGCCAAUUCUGUGGCAUUUAGUUGACUUAGAAAGGUCUCUGUGGUCUCGGUGCCACUAUUAAUAAAAUUUUCUUAAAGGUUGGGGUUUUUUUUUAAGGAGUGGAACUGUCACUUUUUAUCCAUUUUAUUUUGUAUGAUUGUGGUUAUACAAUCUCCAUGCUCAUAUGCUACUCAGGAAAACACGUAGGAAGUGCUCUUUUACUGAUGGAACCAUCAGGAUCUGAACUCAAAAGCUUGUUUGUCUCCUGCAUUCUGUGUUGCAGACAGUGUCAUUCCUACAUUCCUAUUGUGCUGUACCGUGUACAGUGAUGGCUCUGGGUGAAGAUGUCUUUGUAUGCAAACUAUUUUGUAAAUGUUUUCACAUUUUUGCUAACAAUUGCGUAAUUUUUGUCAGGGAUGACUUAGCACUGUGUGUUUUCCAUUUGGCAAAAGAAAAAAACCCAGCAGUCAAUCCAGUACUCAGCCAGGUUAUGUCCUGCCAUCUGUCAGAAGACCUGCUGCCUUGUGGGCUGGUUUUCUGAGUUUGGGGGCUGUUAUUUUUAAAAUGUAUGGAUUUGGGUCUGAAGAGUCACUGUUUCAAAUGUGUAAAAAGAAUACACAAGGAAAUACUGGCUUUGCUCAAUUCAAGUGUAUAAAAAGCAAAGAGCUGUGAUGCUUUGUCAUCACAAAGUUUGUUUCCUUCUCAGUAAAGAAGUAAUCCUCUUCUUUCAUCUUAAUAAUCCUAAAAUGUCCCAGUGCUCCAGUGUGGAGCUUGUCUUUUUUGCUAGUUGUCACUCUCAGUAAGUAACAUUUUGUAUAAGAUGAUUUCCAAAAAACAACCUGGAGAAACCACCUGUCAUUUCUCACGUCUCAGUUGCAUGCAGCUGUGUGUCACCUUCCCUUGCUUUUCAGAUAACUAGCUAACUCCAUUAAAUUCAAGUUGUAAUUAA